AGUUUUUAGGAUUCUGAAUCAGAGAGAAGGGAUCGGAAACAAUGAAGAAGUCGAUUGCGAUGACGGCGAAGAGAUUGCUUCAUCGGAACCUUCUGGAAAACCCUAAACCCAGAGCAGCAUCUCCUCCUUCGUUUACGCAUUGCGGCUGCUGGACACGAGCUUUCUCCAGCGCGAUUGGUCUCCGAGAGAGGCUGAGCAGAAACCGUCUCCGCGACAUCAACCUAGACGACGCAAUCGAUUUGUUCGACGACAUGGUCGAAUCUCUCCCCUUCCCUUCGAUCAUCGAUUUCAACAGGCUGUUGAACGCCAUCGCCAAGCUGAAGAAGCACGACGCCGUCAUCUCUUUAGGGAGAAAGAUGGAGACUUUAGGGAUUCGAAAUGAUCUCUACACGUUUAAUAUAUUGAUUAACUGUUUGUGUAGCUGCUUUCAGCUCUCUCUUGCUUUGUCUCUUCUUGGGAAGAUGUUGAAGCUUGGGUAUGAGCCUGAUAGAGUCACGCUUGGCUCUCUUGUUAACGGGUUUUGUCGGAAGGAUAGGGUUAAUGAAGCUGUUUAUUUCGUUUGUAAGAUGGUUGAGUUAGGGUAUAGAGUUGACAUUGUUGCUUACAACACGAUUAUUGAUAGUUUGUGCAAGAGUAAACGAGCUAAUGAAGCUCUCAGCUUCUUCAAGGGAGUUGAAAGGAAAGGUGUUAGACCUAAUGUUGUUACCUACACUUCUUUGGUAAAGGGUCUUUGUAAUUCGGGUAGAUGGAGCGAUGCGGCUCGGCUGUUGAGUGAGAUGAUCAAGAGGAAGAUUAGUCCUAAUGUGAUUACUUACAGCGCGUUGGUGGAUGCAUUUGUGAAGAACGGGAAGGUUUUAGAGGCUAAAGAACUUUACGAAGAGAUGAUGAGGAUGUGUAUAGAUCCUGAUGUUGUUACUUACAGCUCGUUGAUCAAUGGGCUUUGUGUGCAAGGUAGAAUAGACGAGGCAAGUGAGAUGUUUGAUCUGAUGGUCAGCAAAGGUUGUUUCCCAGAUGUAGUGAGUUACAACACUCUUAUUAAUGGGUUUUGCAAGUCGAAGAGAGUAGAAGAUGGGAUGAGACUCUUCCGCGAGAUGUCUCAAAGAGGAUUAGUUAGCAGUACAGUCACUUACAACACUCUUAUCCAAGGUUUUUUUCAAGCAGGGGAUGUUGAUACGGCUCAGGAAUUUUUUUGUCAGAUGGAUUCUUUUGGUCUCUCUCCCGAUAUUUGGACAUACAACAUUUUGUUAGGUGGUCUCUGUGACAACGGGGAGCUAGAGAAAGCAUUGGUGAUAUUUGCAGAUAUGCAAAGGAGAGAAAUGGAUCUUGAUAUUGUCACAUAUACGACAAUUAUCCGAGGGAUGUGCGAGGCUGGUAAGGUUGAAGACGCUUGGAGUUUAUUCUGUAGCCUCAGCCUCAAAGGAGUGAAGCCUGAUGUUGUAGCGUACACUACAAUGAUGUCAGGCCUGUGUAGGAAAGGCCGACACUGUGAAAUAGAUGCAUUGUAUACAAAGAUGAAAGGAGAUGGGCUUAUGCUGAAUGAUGGCACGCUAUGUCUUAGAGAUGGUGAUAUAACCUUAUCGGCCGAGCUUAUCAAAGAAAUGUUGAGCCGUGGCUAUGCACCAUCCGGGGGAUGCAAAAAAGCUGUUUCUCUCUUGUAACUAUUACUGUGGGUUUUGCAUUUCCACUAUGAUGUUAUGCUUGGGUUUUGUCCUGGGAACACAUCUGUUUCAGUGGUGAUGGAAUCACUGGCACUUGGAUAUGUCUCUAAUUCGAGAUUUCGAGUUGAGAGAUGCUCAAUCGCUUCACUCCAAGUUAGAGAUUCUGUAUAUGGACUUUGCAUAUCAAAGGGAUCCUCCAGAAGGGUUUUACGCUUUGCCAUCAGCAUCAUCAUAAUCAGCGCUAUAUCUGGUGCCGAUAAGCUUUCUUCAUCAACCUCCUCCUCAUCUCGGUCGACGCUUGAGGUAGGUACUCGGGAACAGAGGAAUGCAUGAAAAAGAGACGUAUUUGACUGACCGGCAUGAGGAAAAGUGAGCAUCACUACGUUUGUGCAUACACAUAACAUGCAAGGAACAAAAUUGCUCUGCCAGAGGUUUGAUUUAGAAAAUGCCAUGAAGUUGUAAAAAAAGAAUUUCCUUAAAUGAAAAUUCUAUGAGCACAAAGACAAAUUAUACUCAUAGUGUAUUUCUUCAGAUUGAAAAGAAAGGUUCUCAGAAAUCGUAUCCCUUGUUCUAU